UCCAUUCCAAUUGAUAGAAUCGAAUCGAAACGAAUCGAAUCGAAUCGAAUCGAAUCGAUUCUGUGGCUCUGGUCCUUCAUCUUGCUCUUUCCUCGUUGCCUCCUUUGGUUGCCACUGGUGGGAGACCAAGAUACCUGCUACCUUACCAGGUAUGCUGCUGCUUGUAACACAAUUGGACUUGACUCCAAGGACGAAGACUUGAUUAAGUUUCGAUAGAGAGGAUGUCUUCAAGCAACAUUAGUAGAAGGAUUCCAUGGCAAAGAUACCGGUACCACAGAGAGAUUGGUUUCUAUGCGGCAAGACAUCGGACACCUGAAUCGUCUGCAGUGGAGCUGAAACGACAUCUAUCUACCAGCGCUAGUAGCAGUAGCAGUGGUACCAACAAUGGGGUCUCGAGCAUCGCCAGCAGCAAGCGCAAUGCUGCUAUCACCAAGAUUUCUCUCGACAAGACCAAGUCAGGAAUGCUUUCUUACCAGCAUGCUACCCAACGAAUGAUCCAGGCUCCUAUGGGAAGCUUUGACUCCAGAGCUUGGCACGAAGCAGAAUGGACCAUGCGCUAUUGGAAUCGGCAACGCACUGUCGAGAGUGUCUUUGCGUCCUUGGAUUUACUGGAUCGAUUCAUCAAGGAAUAUUCGCAUCAGUGCCAGCAACACAAACAAGCUUUGCCGUUGCCAGACGUUUUACAUACGGCAUCACUCAACUUUACAAUCCACAACUGGCAAGCAUGUGCCAAAAGCCUGAAAUCACCCAAACGCAUAUCCACCCUGCCCAGUCCUGCCAGCAUGCUGGAAAAAGUGGACUACUUUCGAGACUUUCACAAUUCGGUGCCAGAAUUGACCUCGCACUUGCCCUUGCCCUUGCAACCCAGUGUGCACUCGUAUUCAAUCAUCAUUGAUGCCCUGGCGUUUGCUCAACUUCACUCAUUACAACAAUCUAUCAUUGGCAAUCCUACAGCGGAAACAUCAGAUGUCUACGGGAAUAUAGGUUGGCACUUUACCAAAACACCUGCCCCGAUAAUCGCAGAGGAAAUUCUGCAUCGUCUGGUAAGAACUUGCGACUCCAAUCCAUCUCUGAGACCGUCCAUUAUCACAUUCAACAGUACCAUCAACACGUGGUCCCGUUCGAGACAUCCCGAAGCACCCGAGCGAGCACAACAGAUACUUCAAAUCAUUCAAGAUUUGUCCAAACAACCCGGUUGGAAUGGUCUACACCCGACCACGCAAACAUAUGGAACUAUCAUUCACACGUGGGCCAACAGCAACUCGACAAUGGCAGCAGAACAAGCACAACUGCUAGUACAAGAAAUGAAACAGAUGCAGCUGCCUCUCAAUGGGGAGAUUCAUCUGGGCGUCUUGAAAGCUUGGAGCUCCAGCACGGAUCCACAAGCAGCCGAACGAGCCAAUGAACUGUUGCAAGAUUUGAUUGUAAACUUUGAGAAACAAUGGCAAGAGUCCAAGGUGCUCAAGCCACCCAUGAACUGCAUUCUUGCCGUCAUGAACAUCUUCGCCAAAAAGGGAGAUGCCAAAAGGGCAACCGAAAUCUUGGAGCAAUUGAACAGCUUGUAUGAAACUUGUGGUCACGAUCCCGAUCUCUGCCCCAAUGCAGACGUGUUCAACUGCGUACUUAGGGCUUGGAGCCGAAGUCGAUCGAAAGAGGCAUAUGCUCGGUGCGAAAGGAUAUUGACACAGAUGCGUGAUCUUGCCGAGAAUACUGGCAAUCAGAACCUAAUGCCAAACAUUAUGAGUUACAACGCGGCUCUGCAUGCCCUUGCCAAAAGUCGUCGAGACGAUGCAUUGCAGCGAGCGGAGGAACUCUUUGGCGCCAUAGAGAAAUCGUCAGAGACCAAACCAGACCUUGUGACGUACAAUGUCAUGCUACAUCUGAUUGCGAGAUCCAGAGGAGAAAACAAGGCGGGAAAAGCAGCACAGUGGCUUCGACAAAUGUGGAAUCUUUAUUCUUCCAAGGCCGUUGACUUCAUGCCGGAUUCCACAUCAUACAAUACCUGUAUCGAUGCCAGUCGGAACGACCCAGUUCGCGCUGAGACACUCUUCCACGAGCUAGAAGAGCGGUACAAUCACUUUGGAAUGGGAGCACUCAAGCCGACAAGGAUAUCUUACGGGUCAUUGAUCGCUGCUUGGGCUGGAAGCAACCAUCGUGAUGGCGGGGAGAAAGCGCAACAAGUAUUCGAAUCAAUGGUUGCCGCUGGAAUUCGACCCACAAACGUCGAGUACAACGCUACAAUUCACGCUUGGGCCAGUGUUGGCAACGUAGAUCGAGCCGAAAGUAUCCUGAACAAGGCGCUGGACGACUAUUCAGGGGGCAACAGACAAGCAAAACCAAAUGUUCAGAGUUUCACUUCCCUGUUGCAUGCCCUUGCCAAGCGCAAAUCGCAGGAUCCCUGGGGUGAUGCGAAGCAUGCAGAGGCGAUUCUCGUGCGCAUGGAAGAGCUAAGGUCUGUGUUGGGUGAGGAUAUUAAACCGAACGCCUACAGUUUCAAUGCCACUCUAGACUGCUUUGCUAGAUGCCAAAGGAGCAUUGUUGCACCCAAACACGCCGAAAGAAUCUUACGUCACAUGCAGGCAUUAUACCAGGCCGGCAACCGCAAUUUAAAGCCCACAGUAAUCAGCUACACAACAGUCAUGAAUUGCUGGCUUCAGAGUCGCUCGGAGGAGACAGUUGAGCGGGUUCAACUUUUGUUUGACGAGUUGCAAACAAGAUACAUGGAAACAAGAGACAAAGACUUUAGACCUUCGCAAUUCACCUAUAAUACCCUCAUAGGGGCAUACGCUCGAGAUACGACCAAUGAUGAUUCGCUAACGAUGGCUAUGGCUCAUUUUGACAACAUGACAGAACAAUUCGAAAGAACCAAAGAGUUGGAGCUGCGACCAGGCCCAAUGCAUUUUUCGGUGAUACUAAGCGCUUACUCGCGACGAGGAAUGGCCAAGGAAGCGGAAGAAUUCCUGGAACGGAUCCUCUCCAUGUGCCGAGAAUUUAGUUUGGCAGACGGCAAAAAGAUGGAAAUCUCGUCAUCUUUCAACGGUGUAAUCGGUGCUCACGCCCGAUCCAAGCUUCCCGGGGCAGCUGAAAUGGCUCUCAAGACUUUGCGUCGAAUGGCAGAUUUGGGUCCAGGGAAUGGUUACGUUCGUGCGCCGCCGAACGUCUAUUCUUACACAACCGUGAUGUUGGCUUGGUCAUAUGUGGCUCACUUGGAUCCCACGGCCAUCACAACGUGUCAAGAGCUCCUUCACGAAAUGCUUGAAUCGGCCCGUUUAGGCAAUCGGUCAGUCAUGCCGAACAACUUCACCUUUGGCACCAUGUUGCAAGUGAUUUCACGCAGCCACCAUCCCGAAAAGAAGGAACUUGCUGAAGGAAUACUCCGAAUAAUGCAACAACAGGGCAUCAGGCCCGAUUCAUUUGUGGAAAAGGAAUUGGAAGCUAUUCGUAGCCAGAUAUAGUCCAGACAUCCUUUCCCGGCUACCGGUAUCUGCUAACUAUCUACAUGUAAUAGAUCGAUAGAUGAUAUAUCUGCUACUACCAUGU